AUUUAUGCUAAAAACAUUAAUUAACAAUUAUAAAUAUAGUUUGUCGAAACGUAAAGCUAUUGGUUACCGUGUUCAAAGAUAGCCCACAAACACCUAAAAAACUUGACACCAAAAAAUUGCCCAUUUAAUAAAUGCUCAAAACAAACACUCCAAACAAUUUCUCUCUACUCUCUCUCUAAAGCUCAAUUUUCAAUUGAGCUCUCGCCGCAUGGAGAUCUGUUUUUCUGUCUAGAGCGUUGUCUCUAUUCAACAACCGCUGAAUCUCACUGGAAAAUAUAACAUACAGUCACACACAUUUAAACGAGUCUAUAUUGGUUUGGAUUUUCUGUAUCUUUAUUAAGUACAGCGGGUGAACUAUUCUGGGAAAAAAUGGGAGGGAGCAAAUGGAUUAAAGUGAAAAUGGCUCUCGGGUUGAAGUUGAAUGCUUGUCUGUACGUGCCGCGAACGAUUGAGGGUUCUCCGGCGGCGUCGGCUGCGCCGCCCAUGGAGAGGUUUCACGACGCCGUCGUUUUGUCUACUGCGCCUCCGCGAGAUUCGGACUAUGUGGUCCAGAUGCCCACGACGCCCACGCCGUCUUCCUCCGGUCUCCUUUCACCCAAACACUCGUCAAAAACUGCAAAGCACAUUCUCGAGGAGACUCGUCAAGAAAUCCAUUUGUCAAAUAUUAUGCUAAGAACUGAAUGCUCACACUCAUUCCAUUUCCACUGCAUCUCCUCCAACGUGAAGCACGGCAAACGAAACUGCCCUGUCUGCCGAGCCAAGUGGAAAGAGGUCCCAAUCCAAGACCCUUCCCACAGAAUCUCUUUCUCUCCCUCCAAUCGAAUUCCCUCUAUUCGCCGCCCCUCUUCUCUUCUCCACGCGCCCGAGCCCCCUCUCUUCAACGACGACGAUGACAUCAUCACUACUGAUGCCACCUCACCGGGAAAGAAUAAUAUUCCCCAUCACGACACUUUCACUGGACUAGUCGAGGUCACGACAUAUCCGGAAGUUUCCGCGCUCCCGAAAUCCGCUUCCCGCAACGACUUCUCGAUUCUCGUAAAUCUAAAAGCCCCAAUCACGGCUAAAUUACCACGAGCCCCGGUCGACCUCGUCACGGUUUUGGACGUGAGUGGGAGCAUGGCCGGGACGAAGCUCGCCCUUCUCAAACGGGCCAUGGGCUUCGUCAUCCAAAACCUGGGCCCGUUCGACAGGCUGUCCGUCAUCGCCUUCUCGUCCACCGCUCGCCGCCUCUUCCCCCUCCGCCGGAUGACCGAGAACGGGCGGCAAGAGGCUCUUCACUCCGUGAAUUCCCUCACCUCGAACGGCGGCACGAACAUUGCCGAGGGUUUGAGGAAGGCAACAAAAGUUCUCACCGAAUGCAAGUCUCGAAACCCUAUUUCGAGCAUCAUACUUUUAUCAGAUGGCCAAGACACGUACACGAACCGGGCCCCUCCUUCGGAAUAUCGUGUCCCUAUACACGCGUUUGGGUUCGGCGCCGAUCACGACGCGGACUCCAUGCACCUGAUUUCCGAAAAUUCGGGUGGAACUUUUUCUUUCAUUGAGACUGAGGGCGUAAUACAAGAUGCCUUCGCGCAGUGCAUCGGCGGGCUUCUGAGCGUGGUGGUGCAGGAGCUUACGGUGGAAGUCGAGUGCGUGGACCCCGCGGUGAGGCUCGUCUCAGUAAAAUCCGGAAGCUACAAGACUUCUUUGGCUAUGGAUAAAAGAAGUGUCACAAUUGAGGUCGGGGAUUUAUACGCCGAGGAGGAACGUGAUUUUCUAGUCUCGGCUGAUAUCCCGAUUCACGAGUCGCGAGGAGAAGAGAUGUCUCUGGUGAAAGUGAAAUGUUACUACCAGCAUCUUCUUGCUGGUAGUAAUUCGAUUCCUCUCGAUUCUUCGAGUGAAGUCAGAAUCCGGCGACCGGUGGUAAUCGAGCCCAUGCAGGUGUCGAUGGAGGUCGACAGGCAGCGGAACAGAGUACAUUCGGCCGAGGCUAUGUCCGAAGCGAGGGUGGCCGCAGAACGAGGCGAGUUGGCGCUUGCGGGGGCGAUUUUGGAAAACUGUCGAAAGAUGUUGUCAGAGACUGUGUCAGCACGAGGUGGCGACAGGUUGUGCUUGGCGUUGGAUGCGGAGCUGCGGGAAAUGGGGGAGCGAAUGGCGAGCCGACAGGUGUACGAGGCGUCGGGGAGAGCGUACGUGUUGUCGGGGCUGAGUUCACACUCGUGGCAGAGGGCGACUGCACGUGGUGACUCGGGUGAGGGUUCGGGCCUGGUUCAGGCUUACCAGACGCCGUCUAUGGUGGAUAUGGUUAAUUUGUCUCAGACUAUGGUGUUGGGAAGUUCGAACCAAGGGGCGGUUAGGCCAACAAGACCACAGCGGAGGUGA